AUGAAGAUCACCACUGUCUUGACCGUCCUUGCCGCCGUCCUCUUGGUCCAGGCCGCACCCGUCCCCUCAGUCUCUUCCUCCUCCUCAUCAUUAGCUUUGAAGAGAAACGUCAAUCAAGCCUCCGCCCACAGUCUCCCAGCCAUUCCCGCCUCCUCAGGCCACGAUCUGAGCAAGCGUGAUGACGAUGGUGGUGAUGCUGGAUUCGAGGACAGCGAUGGUAGUGAUGUUAGAUCCGAGGGAAGAGAUAGUGGUGACGAAGGUGAUGAUGCUGAACCCGAGGUCACCGAUGGCUCCGACACAAAUUCUACCGGCGAUGGUGACCAAGCCAGUACCAAGGGAGGUGAUGAGGACUCCAAGGACAACGUGGAUAAGCGCGAUGACGAUGGUGGUGAUGCUGGAUCCGAGGGCAGCGGUGGUGGUGACGAAGGUGAUGAUGCUGAAUCCGAGGUCACCGAUGGCUCCGACACAAAUUCUACCGGCGAUGGUGACCAAGCCAGUACCAAGGGAGGUGAUGAGGACUCCAAGGACAACGUGGAUAAGCGCGAUGACGAUGGUGGUGAUGCUGGAUCCGAGGGCAGAGAUGGCACGGACAAGAACGCUGAAAAGGAUGAUUAA